AUGUUAACAUUUUAUAAUGAAAAUUCAACAAUCAUGAGUAAUGGUCAGAGUGGUGGCGAAAAGAAAGCGGAUGGACAACACCAAGAUGUCAUGAUAAAAAAAACUUUACAAUUAGGAGAGUUCAAUCGAAGAAAAAGUAAUGAAAAUUUAAUCUUCUUCGCUGGUACUGAUAAAGCUCGUGUAAUUACUGAAAUACUCGAAGAACGUGGUUGGUCUAGAACCAGGGAUCAUAGUAUAACUAAUUUUACUAUGAAAUGGUGUCUGGCAAAUCAAGUUGAUUGGACUCAAUUUCAAGAAGGCAAACAAUUAAUAAAUAAUAUACCUGGUCAACUAGCGUUUUCGGAUAAAAUCAAUCUUUGGUAUACAAUAAAAGAUUAUUUACAUAAUAGACGUAAUUCAGAUGGAAAUCAUAUACAAACUUUUCUUCCGAUGACUUUUGUGCUUGAUGAUGAAAGCGAAGUUGUGGAAUUUUUACGUUCCUAUAAAAAACACAAUCGAACGUGGAUAUGUAAACCACGUUAUAGUUAUGCUGGUCGAGGAAUCUUUGUUAUAUCAGUGAAUAGUGAUUUAAAUGCAAUCUUUAAAUUUCAAAUUGGGAAUGGCAAUCGCAUUCAAUAUCAACCAAGACUACCUGGUUAUUUGAUGCAAGAAUAUAUUUCCCGGCCAUUACUUAUAAAAGGUCGAAAGUUCGAUAUACGUGUACAUUGGCUUGUCGCAUGGACAAAACCAUUGCUUGUUUUUUACAAUCACAAUGCAUCUGCCGUGCGCUUAUCACUUAAUCUGUAUCGAGAAUUUGAUUUUGAUCGUGCGACACAUUUAACAAAUUUGUCUGUACAAGAGAAUCAUUAUCGUUAUGCUUUUUCUCAAGAAGCAACUGGAAUGACAAUGUCUCAGUUAAAUAAUUAUUUUAACCGGUGUUUUCGGCCAUUUCAUCCCAAAAUGUGUCAAGAUUGGGUAAUGACUGUUAUGCAAGUAAGUUAA